UCGGCCACUUCUCGCUGUCAGACGCCCAGCCCUCUUCUUUAACGAGGCACCUCCUCCUCUCCAAACGAACGAACAAAAAGAGUCCGGCCCUCUCUUCUCCUCGUUGCCAUCUCUCAGCUCGAUCUCUCGCCGCCCCCGCCUCCGGUUGCAGUUCCGAUGACGCCGCCCCUCGAGGCGCGCGAUUACAUCGGCCUCGGCGCCGCCGCCGCCUCCUCGUCCUGCUCGUCGUCGUCCUCCUCCUCCGGCGAGGCGGCGGGGCCGCACCUCGCGCUCCGGCUCGGGCUCCCGGGGUCGGACUCCCCCGGCCGCCGCGCGGACGCGGAGCACGUCGACGCCGCGCUCACCCUCGGCCCCGCGCCUGCGCCUCCCAGGGGCGGCGCCAAGCGCGGGUUCGCCGACUCCGUCGACCGAUCCGCGAAACGGGAUGCUGCUACUGACGACGAUGCUGGGGGCGUGAGGGGGGAGGAGAAGGGGAUGGCGGAAGCCGCUGCCGGAGCUCCGCGGGAUGCCAAGGCGCAAGUUGUUGGAUGGCCGCCUGUUCGGAGCUACCGGAAGAAUAUGUUGGCUGCGAGUGCCACAAAGACCAAGGGAGAAGAUGAAGGUCGAAAUGAGGCAGGAUGUUGCUAUGUUAAGGUCAGCAUGGAUGGAGCACCAUACCUUAGGAAGGUGGACCUCAAGACUUAUUCGAGCUACGAGGAUCUGUCACUUGGUCUUGAGAAGAUGUUCAGUUGCUUCAUCACUGGCAUUACAGGUAAAAGUAGUCCGUGCAAGCCAUCAAGAAGAAAGAUGCUUACUGAUGGUUCUAGGGCUGAUGCCCUUCAGGACCAAGAAUAUGUCCUUACUUAUGAAGACAAAGAGGCUGACUGGAUGCUCGUUGGUGAUCUGCCAUGGGACUUGUUUACCACUAGUUGUCGGAAACUGAGAAUCAUGAGAGGUUCUGACGCUGCUGGCAUGGCUCCAAGAUCACUAGAACAGACAGGCCGGAACAAAUAGAACCACAAAAUAAGUGUCCUGGCUGACUUCACUACAUCAGAACCACGAAAGAACAGACUGAGAAUAAUUAUGAGAUGGUGCUGAAGGGUGCGAUGGUUAAUCUAAGUGCUUCUGUUAAAUUUUCUUACAUGUGCAGUGAGAUCUGUGGCCUACUGUAAGACGCCCAUUUUGCCCAUGAGGUUGUCAUGUGUCAUUGUAGAUUGUCGCUUUUAUCUGUGAAAGAUCGAACCCGGUAGUCUACCGCUUCCUCUAUGAUACUUUCAUCAGUUUGCUUAUAUAUUCAGAAGUCUGUACUUCAUAUUGUAGAAGUUUUUUUUUAAAAAUGUCCAUUUUGUCACAUAAGAAUUCUUGACGUGUCGUAUCUGGAAGUCAAGCUAAUUAUUCAGCCCGAAAAACUCAACUCUGAUAUCUUACCUGAUAAUAGAUUGAGAUGUUACAUUCAUCUGCA